AUGGACGCUGAACGACACGACUCUGCGCGCAACGCAGCUCUUGAGCCGGACAGCGCGCCCGGCGCUCAAGUGGCGGACGAGUCAGCGGCUGAUCCUGCUCCGGACGUCCAACAUACCUCAGAGGAAGUCUUUCAGGCUCUCUUGCAAGAGCUUGGGGAGCAAGACGCCUCCAAAAAGGUCCUUGUGCAUCUCUUGACGUUCUCGCGCCUGCUGCCAGACACACUGGAAGGUGGAGAUCUACGCAAUGUCAGUGGCCUGUCACGACAGGAGGUUGCAGUCUGCGUCUGGAAGGCUUUCGACAACCCAGUGCCUGCAGGUGCAGGCAGAAGAGGUCGACCAUGUACGCGCACCGAAGGGCUGGUUAGCAAGCUAGUCGUCUUUCGGGAGCAGCAUGAAGAUGGAGACUACCAUUUUCAUGUGGCUGUUCUACUCCGACAACCACGCACAUUUGCGUCAGCCAAGCGAACGCUGCGAGUUAGGGAUGGCCUUGUUGCCCACUUCUCCUCUUCUCACACACAGUUCUGGAGCGCUGUCAGAUAUGGGUACACGCCCACUGCUAAGAAGCCACUUGUCGACUCUGAGCCAUUAUCCUGGGGACCAGAAGGCUGGAACUCGUUGGAUCUGUACGAGGAGUCGCAGCAACCGUGGACAGCAGAGAUCUGGAAGCGUCGCAGAGAGGACGCAGAGAAGCAAGCGUCUGUGGACCCAGAGAUCAAGCGACCUCGAUUUAGCAAAUUGGAUUUGACAGCCUUAAUCAUUAGCAAAGGCCUGCGAACCAAAGCCGCCAUUUUGGCGUACAUGCAGGAGCAUGGGUCUCACGAAGCCCAAGUCUUCGUCCACAGCAACCAGAAGAAGUUGAAGGACUUCUUGGAUGAAGCUGCAGAAUGGCAUCGCGCCCAAGCAGAUGCACAGCGAGAGCGGGAGACGGAUUGGGAAGCAAUGU